UACAUGGCCAGCAGGGAGACCCAUGAGCAGCUUAUGGGACACAGGUGGGAGAGACCUGCAUGCCACUCAGGUCUGAUGGGUGAGCCAUGUGUACAAGGUAGACAGUGAUGGCCCACACUCCGAGCCUUUUGUGGCUGAACAGGGCCUCUGUCUGGGUAUGUCCUUCCCCUUCAGCUCACUGCCCCUGCCCGGAUAUAUAUUUCACACUGUCUGGGGAGAGGAUCACUGGACCCAGGCAUAAUGGUAAAGGCACAUGGCCUGUGCUCCCUGCAUCUCCUCUCACCUUCGGCCAUAGUUCCCCUGGGAACUCCUAAUAGGUUGGUAGUGGGAGAGAUGAACCAUCACGUCCUCUGUCAGCAUUUGGGCCUCUAUAACUCCUGUAAAUCCAAGGCCACACAGCACAUGUUCUGUCUACCUUCCAUCUUCAAACACUACUCUCUGCCUUAUCAGAGCCAGUGCAUAUGGACCCUCUCUGCAUACCCCAAGCAUUCACAAAUGCCAUCGCCAUACUUAUCUUGUACCAUUAGAAAGAGUCAGAGCGGAGCCUGGACUGGCAGGUACUGCCUCGCAGCUCCCUCCGCAGGCGCUCGGGCUCCGCGCCCCCGGACGCACCGAGCGGGGCAGAGCCGCAGCCCGGGUCCACGCCGCCGGGACCCUCGCCGCCAGCGCCUCCGCUGCACCCAUGGGGACCCGGAGACUUUAGACGAGUUUGGGGGUUCGGGAGCAGGGAAACCACUGGCGGGAGAGGGGGCUCUUGCUGCAAGCGGACCAGCCCACAGGACGUGCACCCGCACCCGCACAGCGCACACCCCGCACUGCCCUCCCCAGCCUGCCGCCGCCUCUUUGUUAGGCUGUGGGGGCCCGGGCAGCCUCGCCCUGGCGCAGCAGGCCGAGCGGUACCGCCGGGCAGAGCGCGGGUAGGCGCGGGGCGCGGGCAGGUGCGGGGUGGGCAGGUGCGGGCGGGUCCCGAGGUGUGUGCUGGGAGGCCUGCGGGGACCCGCGCGCGGGGCACGGUCACCAGAGGGUGCCAGCCUGCCGGGCGCACACAGCACCGUGUCUGGAUCCUGGCCGCCAGAGCGGAGUCGGAGCGGUGCAGGUGCAAAGAGUGGGUGCUGGUGGGCGGUGGGCGGGAGAGAGGGGCAGCGCGGUGCUGGGGCUGGGGGAGGGGGCGCCCCAGCUCCAUUCCAUCCCACCCCCUCUGCCCUCGCUGUCCAUCCUGACCGUGCCCUCGGACCACUGGACUUUUCCCAUCGUGAAAAAUUGGACGGGGUUCCAAGCUCAGACCCCAGGACUCCCGCCGGCUGGCCAUUCCGCACCCCUUCUGCUCGCCCCCCUCGCCCCUUCUGCUC